AUGACAAUUCUCUAUUUUUUUGCUUUAUUUCGGAUAAUCCAUUAUUUUUGCAACAUUAGUUUAUGGAUUAUAAAUCAAAAUUUAAAAGUAGUGCCAUAUUUUAAAACUAUAAGAAUCUUAGCUGAUAAAGAACCUUCUAUAAAAACUAGGGUAACAAGAUCUAGGGUAAGUAUGCAACAGUCAUUUAAUACAUCGUUGGAUCAUUUGCAAAGAGAAUUACUUACGAAGAUGGAAAAAUUACAUGAUAACAAUAUGUUCAAUAACAGUGAUAACAUUAUUCAUUGGAUGCAUAAUAAAAGUAGGGAAAUUGUUGCAGAAAUUAAUGCUAAACCUGAACCUGCAGAUAAGAAAAUUUUAAAUGAUAGUUGGAAAGUUUGGAAUGAAUUAAAAACAUGUAUUGAAGAAUACUUUGAAUAUAUUAAAAGUAAAGUCUCAUGUAAUUUUGCUAAAGUGAAUAUCAAUGAUAUUUCUGAUUGGAUGUAUAAUAAAAGUUUACUCAUUGUAAGAGAUAUGAAUUUAAAAGAUGAUCUCGAUGAAAAAAAAUAUUUAAAUGAUACCUAUCAUAUAUGGAAUAAUAUGACAGAAUCUCUUAAAAAUCAUUUAGUGGAAUUACAUAAUGACACAAUAACAAAUAGUAGUUGUAUAGAUAAGGAUUCAUCAACUACAAGUGUGCUAUUACCCACAUCUACUUCGUCACCUAAAUCCUUGACUUCUACACCUACACCUACUUUAUCUUCAAUACCUACAUUAUCUUCAUCACAUGCUACAUUAAGCACAUCUGAUUCAUUAUUCACAUCUAUUACUUCACCCACAUCUACUUUGUCACCUAAAUCUAUGUCUUACACACCUACACCUGCUUUAUCUUCAUCACAUACUUCAUUAACCACUAAUUCAUCAUUAUUAUCUGAUUCGCUAUCCGAAUCUAAUCAGUCACCUCUACCUUAUGCAACAUCCUUACCUAAUUCAUUAGCAACAACAGAUUUGCUUAAAGUAAAUGCUACAGAUCAAACAGAACACUUAUCUACGUUAUUAUCCUCAACAAGUGAACAUGAAAAUAUAUCUUUGGAAAGUUCAUUAUCACCUCUUCCUGUAGAUCAUACUGUAUCUUCUCCAUAUCUUACAUCUGUUAAAUCAUCUCCAUUCAAUACAUUAUCUGUAAAUGAUUCUUUUUAGGUUGAUUCAUUUACUUAUACCACUCCUGGAAAUCAUAAGGAAAAUUUCUCUGCAAUUACACCUACAAUUGUAAGUGAAAAUAUAAUUCCAUCUACAAAUAAUGUAACUCCACUAAUUCCUGAAGGACAGGUUAAUAGUGUAUCUAAUAUGACAUGCACAAGUUUGCUAUGUGGACCAACGGUUGCUGCUAUAUCUAUUCCACUUGUUAUUCUUGGAUGUGUAUUUUUUUUAGUGCUCCUUUAUAAACAUACUCCCAUUGGAUUAAUGCUUGGAAGAGAUAAUAUAAAUAAAAAGAAAGGAAGAAAAAGAUUACAUGAUAGUUCAGUAAAUAUUACUGUGAAUUCUUCAGAAGAUUUAGAUAAAAAAGAAGGAAGUUCCAAGAGGAGAAGACUUAAUAGUUUCCUUAGAGCUUUUGGUUAUAAAUACAGACGUAUAUUUCCUUUCAUAGAUGAUGAAGAAAUUCACUAA